GACCCUACCCUAAUUAUUCUAGUCGUAGCUGGAUUUAUCAAUCUAGCGCUUUCCUUCUAUGAACCCGAAAUGCAAGCUCCGGAUGAGGAAACUUCCACCGCAGCGUCUCUCAUAGCUGGAGCUUUCAUGAAUAAUAUUACUGGUUUUGAUCUUCUAAACGCUACACUAACUCGUAACAUCACCACUGCGAAAGAACCACAAGGAGAAGGACAUGGAACAGCUUGGAUAGAAGGGGUUGCGAUUCUUUUGUGCGUUGUCGUUGUUGUGCUGGUCACAGCAAUUAACGACUAUUCAAAGGAGAGGCAAUUCAGAAGUUUGCAGGAGAAAAUCGAAACAGGGCAAAAAUUCUCGGUGAUCCGCGAUGGUGAAGCCAUCGAUAUUCCCGUUUCGGAUCUGGUAGUCGGGGAUAUUGCCCGAGUAAAGUAUGGGGACCUUCUACCUGCUGAUGGGUUCUUGCUUCAGUCAAAUGAUUUGAAGGUCGACGAGUCAUCACUUACGGGAGAAUCCGAUCAUAUUACCAAAAGCCCUGAGACGGAUCCUGUCCUUUUAUCAGGAACCUAUGCUAUGGAAGGUUCUGGCAAAAUGUUAGUAACAGCUGUGGGAGUAAAUUCACAGACUGGUAUCAUCAUGACACUUUUGGGUGCAGGAAAAACGGGAUUGGGCGAUGGAGAUGAUGAUUCGAGCUCG